AUGGCCGAAUCACAAAACAUUUCCAAAGUUGUCUUUAUGCCUGAUCAAGAAGAAAAGUUAAUAGAAGAAGUACGAAAUAAUCCUGAACUGUAUGAUUUGUCCAAACCUAGCCACAAGGAUAUAAUUUUGAAGGAUGAUAUCUGGAAAAAUAUUUCUUUAAAAGUUGGAAGAUCUGUUGACGAUUGCAAGAGGCGAUGGAAAAACAUAAAAGACACUUAUAAUCGGAACAAAAGAAAUUCUACAUCUAACAUUGAUACGCCACUAGAUGAAGAUGUAAGUGUUGGUACUGAUGACGAGAUUGAUGUUGACGAUUCAAAUAAAGACGACAAUGUUGAAUUACCAACGUGUUCAUUUGCGGGUAAUCGUGUAAGAUCAAAAUCGGAUAAGCUGGCAGCGAUUUUAGCAAAAAAAACUGAAGAUCGAAACAUUAUUAUUCAAAGUUUUCAACGACAAAACGAACAACUUUUAAACGCAAAUAAAAAUCAAGAAGAUGACACUCAUUUAUUUUAUAAAAGCAUAGCUAUAACUGUAAAAAAAUUACCGACAAAAGGCAUUAAUGAAGCUAAAAUGAAAACACUUAUGUUAGUCAAUGAACUUCAAGAAAGAUAUGCUAAUCCUCCUCAAAUUACUACGCCUAGUUUUUUUUCCGAUUCAAAACUUCCAACAAAACCAACAACAUUACUACGGAGUUUCUAA